AAACAUGUUACUUCAACAUGGAUUACAUACAUACAUGGCCCUUCAUUCUCGAUCCCAAUAUAUACUGCAUAGACCAGAGUGUGUAACUUAAUAUAUUGACACUGCAAUCUUACAAUUUGUAUAAUUCAAUGUAAUCAUAAGUGUCAUUUUCAGUCUUAUUAAAAAAAACUAAGUGUCGGUAUCGUGUUGGUGUUAGACACCUAUGCAUGUCCGACACUGAGACACAUCUAAUCUAAGAAGUUUCUGUACUUCAUAGUAUAUAGUCAAUUUUGAAGAAGUCUAAACUACUCCUCACACUUACCACUUUCUUCUUACCAUCCAACCCUUCUACUAUUAUAUUUAUAUAUAUAUUCAUAGAUAUAAGACUUGAAAUUGAAGGUCAAACAUAAUAUUAGCAAUACAAAAUAUCAAAGUUCACACUUAGUUGAGUUAAUUCCUUUAACUCAGCAGCCAUGGAUUGGUUCUCAUGGCUUUCAAAAACCAAUCUUGAGCCAUCACUUGUAUAUGACUAUGGUCUUAUCUUUGCACAAAAUGAGCUUGAAGAAGAAGACAUGAAUUACUUCAACCAUGAGUUUCUCCAAAGCAUGGGAAUCUCUAUAGCUAAACACAGAUUAGAAAUUCUCAAGCUUGCUAAAAAAGACAAGAGAAAGAGUCUACACCCAGUUGCAAAAUUUGUUUCUGCAAUCAAGAGGACAAAAAAGUCCUUGGCUAGUUAUGUUAGGACUUUGACUCAUACCGAAGAAUCAGCACUUGUGGUGAUGCCAACAAGGCAAGGUGAUGGAUUUGGAAGAAGAUGGAAGAGUGCUAUGAUGAAAAGGAACAAAAAAUUUGUGGUGGCUAAGAAAGAGAAAAUGUUUCUGACAAAUGGUAAUUCUUCCAUGCCAUCAGUAGUUGUUCCUGCUUUGUCUGGUGAUCUUGAUGGUUUUUCUAGUCCUGUUGUUUAUCAUUUCCAAAAGGAGCAAAAGAUGGAUGGAGAUGAUGGUGGUCGACGUAAAGAUAACGACGAUGAUGAUGAUGAUAAUGGAUAUUGGUCUGCUGCUGUUGAAGAGAUUAAGUGGGAUACCAUGUUCAAGGAUCUAAAGCCAAACUAAAAGUUUUCUCGGAUUUGAAUUCUCUAUAGCUGCAACUAACACCAUGUUGCAGCUGUAGAGGAUUCAAUCUCCUAUGCAUCUUCCCCGGUAUCUUUAUCUCACACUUUUUACUUUCUAUGAUUCUCUAUGUCUCUCUCUCUCUCCAACACUUUAUGUACUUCUGUGCUUGAGAGGAAAAAGAGGAAGGACUAUUUUUUUUUUGUUUUUUAGGCGCUUCCGUCAAGAGAGAUUUCUGAUGCAUCCAAAAUCUCCUGCAUCCUCUCGAGCAAAACUUCGGUCGUUGGAUUAAUUGAAGACUCGAACACAUUAAAUCAAUCUCUUCGGCCAAACUUCGCGUUAAAUCAAAUAUCCUCUCGUGAAUUUGAUUAAUUUAACUGAUGCUGCAGAGGAUCUAAUUUGGUUGUACUUGUUUCCUUCCUUUACUUUAAUUACAAGUUUAUGUUUUUAAGGGGGGAAAUUACAUCUCAGAUUCAUGUGUUCUUGGCAGUGAAGUAUUGAGGUAUAUACUUAGUUUUGUACCAAAAAAACAUAUACUUUGAGUUGGAUUAGAGUUUAUGCAUUGUACUUAUCUUGCUGACAGUACAUAUUUACACUUAGUAUAUUUGUUAUUAUCUUGGUGUUAUGUCACUGAA